AAGAAGGUAGCGAUAGCAGACCCCAAUUGCCGCUAGCGUCGUCGUCAACAGCCGUGCCUAGAGACUACACCGAUGACCGGCCUGCGCUGCUGCUCUUGGCCCUCUGUUCACAGGCUCUGGGCCUAGGUGGUCGCUUCCCGACCCUCCCGUGACAGGGAUAGGACCUCCCUUGCUUAGCCACGUGGGGUCUUUUUUCUGCACGGGCCUCGCGUCUGCUGAAUAGAUACGGAGCAGAGGACAGCAGAGGUGGGCAGAUCAAGACGAAGAAGCAAGCAGGGUACGCAGGCAGGCCGAAAGGCAGGAAGGCAGGACGGAAAGCGAAAGCAGGCAUGGCCGCGGAUGUUGUGGCGCACUACUCGCCGCCCAAGACCGCGAAGCCAUCGCUCCUCGAUAAUGAGCGUCGAGUCAGCGCAGCGACGAUCCGGGCACUUGGCCGCGACGCGCAAGCGCAACAUGAGGCAGGACCGUCCAAGGAAGGCGACGAGAAUGAUGCUAACACUACGACAUUCUUCAAGCCGGUCCAGAUCACGCUCAACGAGCCAGUGGGGAGCAUGUCGAUCUCACCAGCCAAUCGCGACGUGGUGCUGGCUGCUAGGGAGGGCCUCUUCAUCCUCGACCUAGAGAAUCCCUACGAUCAGCCCCGAUUCCUGCCCCACAUGACCGUCUGGCUGCCCGCCGACGUCCAAUGGAACCCGCACCCGUUUCGAUCCAACUGGGUGGCCAGUACCUCUAACCAGAAGCUCCUGGUGUGGAACCUCGACAGGCCGGCGGCUCCUCGAAUCGAGCCCGUGCUCUCGAUGCCUGUGACGUCAGGCACAAGGACCUCCUCAUCCCACGACGGGGCCGCGGCCACCUUUGGAAACUCAGCGACGAGCACCCUGCCCCAUCCCAAUCAUCGGAAUCUCGGUACUGCAAGCUCCAGUGUCUCACGGCUCUCAUCCAUCUCGCACGUCCUCCAUGCCCACACGAGAGCCAUCACCGACAUCAAUUGGAGCCCCUUCCAUCCCGAGGUGCUCGCCAGCUGCAGCAUCGACACAUGGACCUGGUCGUGGGAUCUUCGGGAGCCCUCACGUCCCCGUCAAGGGUACAGCGCAUGGAACGCAGCCAUGACGCAGGUCAAGUGGAAUCGAGCUUCGCCGCAUCGCUUGGCGACAUCGUGCGACAACAAGGUGCUCAUCUGGGACGAUCGAAAGGGGGCUUUGCCCCUCGCCACAAUCGAGGCUCACGAGAGUCGGAUCUACGGAAUCGACUGGUCAAGAGACACGUCGUUGGGCCUCGAUCGCCUCGUUACAUGUAGCCUCGACGGCAGUGUCAAGUAUUGGGACCUGUCGAGCGAUGCUUCGCAAAGAGCAAUUGGCCAGCGAAAGCUGGUAACCGAAUGCGAGACAAUCAUCGAGACAAAGACGCCCGUGUGGCGAGCCAGAAACCUGCCCUUUGGCCAUGGUGUCAUGACUCUUCCUCAGAGGGGUGACACUUCGCUGAGCAUGUGGAACGAGGAGGAGCCAGAGGCGCCCGUCCAUCGUUUCGAAGGCCACAAGGACAUCGUCAAGGAGUAUCUCUUCAGGACCAGGGGAGGCUCAGAUCGAUCGCACGACGAUCGCCAGUUCCAGCUCAUUACCUGGAGUAAAGACCAGACGCUGCGGCUCUGGCCCGUGACGGAGGAGAUGACGAGAUCCGUGGGGCACCGUCCAGGUAACCCCAUUCGAACGUUGCAGACUCGCGCGAAUGCAGCCAACAUCACCUACCGUAUUCCUCCCCUUGUGUCUCCCGAUGCGGCUGGCGACGGUGGUAUGCUUCUGGAUGGCAAUGCUCUGCCGUCCUCGUCUCCGAUUCAGAGCAACAACACUUUGUCGGCCACUUCGAGUAAUGGCGCCACGCCCGCCACAGGCACUUCUUUCCUUCCCCCAGCUGGUCUGACCAGAUCACUCCUCAGUGGCGGCGCCCGAGGAACCCUACCCGGCAGCGGCAGCACAAGAAUGAGCGGUACGCCGCCUUACAGUACUAGCUACAACGCUUCGGGCAGCAGUCCCCUUGAUCUGAGGCUGGCCAGCAGCCUGGGUGCACAGCAGGGAAGCGCCACCUUUGGCGGAUCCCUCGGAGGUCGAAUGCAACAAGGUGGCGCUAGUUAUGGACACAGCGGCAGCAAGGGCUCCGCCGGUGAUUUGUCCUUGGGUACUUCGUCCAUGGCGAUCGCAUCAGCGUCUGGAACUGGGCAAAGAAGCAAGGCGUCUCUCGGCCUUCGCAAGCAGUCGUCAGCCUUUGAGCUGGGAAGCGACGGCCGAUAUUCUCGACAGUCGCGAACCUCAACAUCAAGGCACAAGGGAAUGGGACCGCUGAGCGAGUCAAUUGAGACGAAAGACAGCGGCAAGAGCAAGCGCGAUGCUGAAGAACACAAAAGGAGAAAGGAGAAAAGGAAAAAGGCGGCCGCGGCAGCCGCUGCUGCCGCCGCUGCAUCGUCGGGUUUCAUGACGCGGGGUAGCACUGGCCAUGGGGUUGGGGGUGCAUGGCGAUUGGGCAAGACGGGAGGAACAAAGAUGCCCGGCACAGGAGGCGGAAGGGACGCGGUAGGAUGGAUCGCAGGCGUGAGAAUGGGCGAGCAGGCCGAUGAGCGUCCGGGUCUCACUUCCAUGGCAGGCAGCGUCGCUGGCCUGGAAAGCUCUUCAAACUUGCCCGCGCCAGGCGAGGGGAAUGAUGAGGCGCAAAAAGAUGCUGCCCAGGUCGUAAGCGAGGAAAUCGUGGCCAUCAGCAAGAAUCUUCACGGUGUCUCCUUUGAGAAGAUCGACGUUAGCUCCCGCACCUUUAUCGUCUCAUGUUACGGGCCCUGGGCUGACAAGAACUCGCCUGCUUUUAUGCGCCUCACCCUGACCUAUCCAAGCAGCUACCCAACCAAGCUUCCCAAGUACAAACUCGAGCACAAUGCUUCUGUCUCGCUCAAGACGAGGGCUUUUCUCCUCAAGAACCUUUCAAGGAUUCUGGGUGAAUACGCAGCACUGCGCAGGAGCUCGCAUAGUACGGAGACAAAGGCGGGAACGCCCGUGCUGGGCGAAGCUUGCAUUCGCUUCCUCCUGGGCGAAUCGUCGCGGGAGGCUGGCCCAAUGGCGUACAGUCCAGACAAUGAAACAGAUCUCGAAGACGAGACAGACGACGAAGCUCGGGCUGGUGUCGAGGAGCAAGAGAUGGCAAACAAGGCCGUGGCGACCCCACUUGCCCUUCGCAUUCCGCCGCGUCGAUGCGGAGCGACGUUUGGACCAAAAGGGCUCCUCGUUACCUUUUCACCUUCCAUGUCUCACCACGAGCUCGAAAAGGGUGCAGCGGAGAAAGCAAGCUCCAUCUCUGGUGACAAGCCACCGAGCCUCUCUGGAAGCCGCAAGGCAAUCACUGCUGCGGGUCCGACAAGCACACCGGGAGGGGCACGCCCUAACCACGGCGGUGGAGCAGGGGCGCAAAGUGGAGGAGCAAGAUUUCUGCAAUCUUACAGCGCUCUCUCGGGCGCCAUGGCUAGUCUGGCCCGCUUGGCCCGCGAAGGAAUGGACGUCAAGGAUCUCGACGUCAUGCAACUUAUGGGCGAUCAGAAUUUCCUCGAUCGUCGGAUUCACCGAUCCCAUUCCAAGGGCGACUCGAGUCGGAAACGGGGUUCACGAGGGACAAGCUUGGCUCCUUCUGGUAGUCGUACCGCUCUUGAAGCUGGCAGAUCAGCUUCGCAUGCUGCAGGUCUGCGCGCACGCUCAGCCAGCCCCAUGCCUGCCUCCUCUUCGCGCCCCAGGUCGGCCCUCUCUCGGCUUGGCGGAGCUGCAGUGACCAACUCUCACUCAGACGUCCGAAUCUGGGAGCUUAGGCAUUUCUUGCCUCCCCUUGUGGCCCCCUCACUCGUCCGGAGGAGAUCGAGCUCGCUUCCUUCCAGCUCUCUCCCACCAAGCCCGCAUCGUCCAUCGUCGCCGUCUUCACCUUCCAUGGCUGCUCGAAGGCCAAAGGGAAGCCGAAGCGGUUUGGCGAGUUUGGCUGUCCCUCCUGGGGCCGGAACUGUUCCAGCAGCUCCGUCCAGUAGUGCGGCGGGUAGGGAUCUGGGGCCCUCAUGGAUCGACUACGACUCGCCCAGCGAAGUAGAGGAAGAGGAGGAGAACAGCCUGAAUGACGGGCCUCGUAUUCAAGAAAUUAUCGAAGACGGCGAUGAUCAGAAGGAGCAAGAUGCAGGCGACGAUGUAGCAGACUCCGACUCUUCGUCCGAUGGUGAGGACUCCGAAGACGGAGAAGACGAUGCAGACAGGCUGCUUCGGGCCUCCGAAGACGCACAGAUGAAUCCCGCGCUGGAAUCGACGCUGGAUACAUUGAUCUGGUCCAUGCCAUUCUGUUUCCUUUAUCUGCUCAUGGACAUCAUGAUCCAGCAGCAGUACGCCAUGCACCCCACUCCACUGAGGGAAUUCGGCAGGCUCAUUGGGACGCUUCCUCUUCUCGUCCUCUUCAUCUGGUAUACGUCAGUACGAGAUCGACCUCCCGUCCCGCGACGAUCAAAUUUCUUGAUCAUGAACGACGACGGCGAGAAUCGACAGCGAUGGACAUCCCAGCUCGGCUUCCUAACGCUCAGCCUCGCGGUCGGCAUGGGCUUCGUCUACACGUACACCGAGUCAACUUUUGACAUUGUGACGAGACGCAUCGCGCCCCUAGGCACCCUCUGGGUCUACUGCCUCGUGAAGCUUGACUUGCCUUGGGCCGUGCUCAACCUCGCCCUUGUCUGGGGCUUUGUCAAAGUAUGGGCGUUGCCCUUGUUCGAUUAGCCAUUGCUCACCUACUCGCGCUGCAUUGUUAACCUCUCCAAACGUCCUUCCAAUCAUCAUGUACAACUGUGGUUCACUGAUAACAGGGGGCACAAUGAGACAGUUGACUUGUGAAGGCACGAAGAACAGUACUUGAGGCUACGUCCGGCUAGGACCGUCUUUGCGCCACAAGUCGUGCUCGUCGUCAAGAAUGAGACUCUCUUUAGAUUUCUGCCAUUCAUCUGCGUUAGUGUACACCAUGGCCCAUCUGCGUGGGAACAGCAACAAAGUUCAAUUCAGGAA